UAGUUGAUAUAUUGCCCUCUGUAUCUUCUGCUGAACCCAUCCAUUAUACAUCUUCUGGAACAUCUACAGCAACACUAGUUUCAUGCUAAGAUGUCUGAUUCCAGUAGCGUCCCUCACAUAGCUCUUCUUCCUAGCUCUGGCAUGGGGCACCUUACACCUUUUCUCCGGCUUGCUGCUUCACUUGUGUCGAACUGCAACUGCCAUGUUACCCUCAUAACCAUCCAACCAACUGUUUCUUUAUCUGAAUCAAAAUUAGUCUCUAACUUCUGUUCUUCUUUCCCUCAAAUCACUCCGACACAAUUCCAGUUGCUUCCUUUCGAUCCAUCCACAGCAAAUUCUCAAGACCCUUUCUUCCUUCACAUGGAAUCCAUCCGUCGUUCUGCUCAUCUUCUCUCUCAUGUUCUUGCUUCUCUUGCAUCUCCUCCUCUUAAUACUUUUAUCAUAGACAUAACAUUAGCAUCUGCAUUCCUGCCCGUCACCUCCAAUCUUAACAUCUCCAGCUACAUCCUCUUCACUUCAUCAGCCAAAAUGUUAUCUUUAUGUGUCUAUUUCACUAAGAUCCUUGAAUCUUCCACUGAAAGCAAUCAGUACUUAGAGAUCCCUGGUACAUCUCCAUUGCCCAUAUCAUCAGUACCACCAGUAUUAUUUGAUUCAAGUAAUCUUUUCACUUGCCAUUUCAUAGAGAAUGGUAGUAAAUUGGUAGAAUCAAACGGAAUUUUGAUCAACACACUUGAAAGUCUAGAAAGUGAAACUCUUGCGGCUUUAAAUGAUGGGAAGGUGGUUGAUGGGUUACCACCAGUUAUAUCAAUUGGACCUCUGGAACCCUGUGAAUUUGAAAAGUCUUCUGUAUCAUCACCCUUGAGGUGGUUAGAUAAUGAACAAAGCGGGUCUGUGGUAUAUGUUAGUUUUGGAAGUAGAACAGCAAUGGGUAGAGCACAAAUCCGAGAAUUGGCUGUUGGUUUAGUAGAAAGUGGGUGUAGUUUUUUAUGGGUAGUGAAAGAUAAGAAAGUUGAUAGAGAGGAAGAAGAAGGAUUGGAAAUAAUAUUAGGUAAUGAGCUAAUGCAGAAAGUGAAAGAAAAGGGUCUAGUUUUGAAGGAAUGGGUUGAUCAAGAAGGGAUAUUAAGUCACUCUAGUGUGGGAGGAUUUGUAAGUCAUUGCGGGUGGAAUUCCGUGACAGAAGCUGCAUUGUAUGGUGUGCCCAUUUUAGCAUGGCCCCAAGCUGGCGAUCAGAGGAUUAACGCUGGAGUGGUAGAGGAGAAUGAGUUAGGCUUGUGGGUUAAGAGUUGGGGUUGGGGUGAUGGGCAAGUGUUAGUGAAGGGAAAAGAGAUUGGGGAGAAAAUUAAAGAACUGAUGAAUGAUGGGGGGUUGAAAGUAAAAGCAGCCCAUGUUAAGGACAGUGCAAAGAAGGCCAUUGAAGUUGAUGGUACCUCUAAGAAUGGUUUUUCUAAACUUAUCAACUCAUGCAAUAAAUAAUGAGAAGAAUCGAAUGAUGUAACUUUUAAAUAAGAUCUUCCACGAAAUGAGUGUAUUCCCAUAAGAAUGUAUUGUUGUUAUCGGAUUGGUAGAAAUAGAAUUGUCUAAGGUAUAUUCCGGUGCACAUUUAAACACCAAAAUUUA